ACUUGGUGCCAGGAUGAUAUUGAUGAAUGCUCAAGUCUUGUACCACCAUGUCCUGUAACAUCAAGUUGUGUCAACACAUUUGGCUCUUUUUAUUGCCAGUGUAAAGAGGGAUAUUCAUUUGUUAACAAUACUUGUACAGAUAUCAAUGAAUGUUUGAGUUCCCCAUGUGACCAGAUCUGCACCAACACACAAGACAGCUUCCAGUGCUCUUGUUAUUCUCAAGGUUUUAUUUUUAAUGGAACACAAUGCAAUGAUAUAAAUGAAUGUGCUGUAAAAGAGUUAAAUAACUGUGACCAGGAAUGUCGAAGCACAAUUGGUGGAUUUGCUUGUGAAUGUUACGAAGGAUAUGAAUUAAAUGGAACAACUAGAAAUACUUGUAUUAUUAGCAGCCUAAAUCAGAAGUGUCCUGCAUCAAACAGCUGUCAACAGUUGUGUGUACUAGUAAAUAAUACCCAGAUCUGUUCAUGUUUUUCUGGAUACAGCAUGAUUAAUAAUUCCUGUGUUGAUAUAAAUGAAUGUGAAAAUAACCCUUGUGUUGGUGGUGAAUGUAUCAAUAGUAAUGGAUCAUUUUCAUGUUCCUGCCAAAACAAGACAGAACUUUUAGAAGACAAAAAAACUUGCAGAGCUUGCCAAUAUGGCUUCUAUGGCCCCAACUGUGCUGAAAAUUGUACCUGCAACACUACCAACACCAAACCACAAAUCUGUUUUAUUGAAAAUGGAAAUUGUGAUUGUUUAAAAGGCUGGUCUGGUCCAGACUGCAGUACUGAUAUUGAUGAAUGUAGUACAAGUGAUGUAUGUUCAGUCAAUGCCGAGUGUGUCAACGCACCUGGUUCUUAUAGAUGUGUCUGCAAAAUUGGCUUCUAUAGUUCCACUACUGGCUGUUUGUCAUGUGAUGAGAACCACUAUGGCCAGGACUGUAAGAAGAUUUGUACAUGUGUAAAAGACAACAGCAAUAACUGCAAUGCUGUCAAUGGAACUUGCACAUGUAAACCAGGCUGGACUGGCUCUAACUGUGAAACAGAUAUAGACGAGUGUUUGAACACCAGCUACUGCCCAGAUGUACAUGAGAGCUGUUUUAAUUUGAAUGGAUCUGCAGAGUGUAGAUGUGAUUCAGGAUAUCAAAGAGUUGAUGGAUCUGACUGCCAAGACAGAGAUGAAUGUCUAGAUCCCACCUACUCUUGUGAUGAGACAAAACAAUGUAAAAACACACAAGGCUCAUAUGAUUGUGUAUGUAAACAAGGUUAUCUAAUUGUCAACAAUACGAAGCCCUGUAAAGUGAAUUUUCGCAGUUUCCCAAUGCAGCUGAGAUUGAAUAUUGUACCUGAUGGAAAUGUUUUUAUUUACAACACAAAACAGUUUAUCUCUCUUAAAUUAAAUAUUGAAGAUAGUUUAAACAAGUUAGGUGGAGAUAAAGUGGGAAAAGAAAUUCUUCCAUUUGUGAUUUCAAAGUUCUCGGAUGGAUCUAUCAUAGUUCAUACAGCCAUUGUGGUAGACCUGAAUUAUACCAGCACUCCUGCAUAUUCUGCAUCAAAGUUUGCCAUCAGUUUAAAAAAUAAUCAAAAUAUAACUGUUGGUUCUGACAUCAUAGAAAUCAUGAAUGUUUUAGUACAAAACCAAUCAAUUCCAGACAAUACUUGUGACCUGUACACUCAGUUAUCUCAAUCAUGUUCAUCCAAUGAAAAUUGUUACGAAAAUAAUCAGAAUCUUACACAGUGUAAGACAAUUAUAAAAGAUACAGACAGGUUGGCCUUAAUUCUAGGACUUUCAAUUGGAAUUGGUGUGUUUAUCAUCAUUGUUGUGGUUAUUGCUGUUUAUGUUAUUGUUCAUCAAAAGCAGUUAACUAAAUACCAUCUAUAUUCAAAGUCUAUUAAUGAUAAUAGACAACGUACAAGGGAAGACUCAAGUUAUCAGUCCAUGGAACUACCCCCUGUGAUGGCAAGUGAUCCAGCUGCUAAAUGUUUAAAGUUUAAGAAAGUCCUUUCUCCUUUUAGUGAAGCUAUAUACAAUGAAAACAUUAUGUACUGACAUAUCAGCAAACCAUUUCUUAUGCUUUUAAAAACCUUAGAAUAUUACCAAAACAAUUUUGGAACAUAAUAAAUCCUAAAUGUAAACUUAAAAUGUUUUUCUUAGUAAAAAAAAUUGUAUAAUUAAUUUUAUGAUUUUUCAGUGAAAGUUAAUAUCUCCUUGAUAUUAUGUUAAAAUUAGAUUAAUAGUUGCAAAAAAUGUUUCACUAACCACAUUACAGCCUUUGCCAUUUCCAUUCAUUAACCGAACCUUAUGAUUAUCUUAUAUUUCGGAUUAGGUUUAAUGUUAAUAAUAUGUUUAGAAUUAAUAUAUAAAUUAUAAUAACUUGUAAAUCGUA